AUGAGUACAGGAGAUUCAGCUCUCCAACAGGAAGGGGGCGGCAAUCUCAGCAUUCAGCUACCAGAACACCACCCUUUACAGCCAGGGGACUUGGCUGACAUGUCCCCUCUUCGACACUCCCUCUCUCGAUGUGAAAGAAAGCAAUCGUCGAUCAACGUCUUGGGCUUCGACUUGUAUGAUGCAGUCGAGGUAGAACAGAAAGGCUGGCGAGGCGCCAAGGAGUGGGUACCGGGCACGAUCGUACAAGUGAAUGCUCAUAAUAAUACAUUUGAUGUGAAGGUGUUGAAGCCGAACCAAGAAGGAGAGGUUCUGGAAAAUGUUAGCCCAGUGAGGAUGAGACGCAUCGCAGAGUCAAGGCAUCCUCACCAACAGAAAGUGGGGCCCGUCCCGGGGGAUUCGCCAACUCACGAUGGACAAGACUUUUUGAAGCAGCGGCAUUUGGGAGCAGCUGACGCCUGUGAGAUCAUGGACGAGUUCAACUUCCAAAUGCAGGCCAGUCUGUUCACCUCUAAGGUGCUCAAGCAGCUUGAUUCGGUGCCCGAGUCGGAUCUUAUGGCGGUGUCGCCUUGUGUCAAGUCUCUGGCACAUAUCAGAGAGAGGACGAGGAGUCGUGUGGAGAGUGGGGAAGGUCCUCUUUUGGACCGUUUCUUCUUCCAAUGCGAUACUGAUGCGGCAGCAGGGCAGGCCUCUGGUUUCCCUACUAGUGCGCAAGUACCGGUAUUGCUACGUGAGUGUUCUGGAGAAGAGGAUAUGUCUGGAAGUAGCUCUGGUGAUGAUGAUGACGAGGAGCUGAGUACAGAGAACGGCUGGUAUCAGGGUGGGGUGUCCGAGGAGAGACUCGUAUUCGAUAAACGUGUAGGUGUUAGAGGACUCAAUGAGAAUGGCGAGACAGAAAUAAAAUGGUCAUCGGGAGAUAUAUGGACAUACGUCUCGCCUCGGCUCAUCGUGCUUCAUGGUGGCUUGCCGAUGCAUCCUGGCUCAGGCUCGCCUAUAAGUGCUCAAAGAUCCACAGGGGCUUUCGCCUCUCUCUUUUCGGGUUCCUCGGCGAUGGGUCCACAGACGAGCACAAGCCAGGAUGAUGAGGGCAGGAAAUGUGUGCUCCUAAAAUACUUCCAUCAGCUUCCCAACAGAAUGAGAAUCCCCAGUUCCCCUCAAGGAGUGUUCGAACAGUGGAUGUAUCAAAUCCUAUGGAGCGAUCCAAGGGAAGUUGGUGACACUAAAGGGAGGGGUACACCAUUCUACCCGGACGACACGGAACUCUUCUGUGCGAGGAAUAACAUACACACAGUGAUAAGGAGCCACCAGCUGCCGGCUAUGCAAAGAGGCUUCUCCUUCCACCAUAAGCAUAAGCUUAUCACCAUAUUCUCAGCGAGUAACUACUGUGGAACUUCACAGAAUUACGGAGGUCUGUUGAUAUUCACAACGGAGCUCUUCCCAGAGAUACAGUACUCCCGCAAUCUGUUUGAGCAUUGGAGCCCACCUCUUUCCGUAAUACAGGACGUUUACUCUAAGCAUAAGAAUGCUAGUCAAGACGUAAGGCAGUAUAUCGCGAGGGAAACUGAGUCGGCGAGGAUGCCCACGGACAUGAACAGCAGCUCCAAGUGGCUUUACAUUGAACAGAAGGUCUCUGAAUACGCGAUGUCGCUGAUCGUGCAGAACAAGAGGCAUCUGUGGACUAACCUCUGGACGCGGGAUGAAGAUAAAACGAUGAGGGUUGACCUUGCGGAUUGGGAAGAUGUAAUGAAGGCCUGUGCUCAAGUGGUCGGGCACCAGUUCCCGUGGAGGACUCUCUUCGUGCAGCUGGAUAUUGAAGAGGAAGAUGACGGAACGGUCGACUAUCUAGACUUCCUCAAUAGAUUCCGGGCAAGCCUUCGAGAUGAGAGUGGUCCGUUCGAUUCCUGGCUGGCCUCGGUCGUUCUGGGAUUCUUUAUGGACAUUCUCAACGCUGAUAUGGCGAUACAACAAGACCUGCUCACUGGGGAGCCUGGAGAGAAUCUCAUUAACUACGAACAGUUCGAGCGGUCUCUCCGAGAUAACUGUCCUGACUUGACCAUCACACAUAUCCAACUGGUGUGGCAAGCCCUGAUCGAGUGUUCGACUCCUGAGCGCCGUCGAGCUGGGCUGGUGGAUGCACGCCAGUUCGUGUGUGCCUGUGGGGAGUUCUAUCGUGCCCGAUGGGAUCUACACGAACCUGUCUUUUCGAACUCACAGACGUUGCCGUCGGCCAAUGAGGAGGAGAUGCUCGAGAAAAUUAUGGACUUCCUACCGAGGUUGAGGGACUCUAUUGAGCAGCAAUACGACAACGACACUCAGCGUUUCUUCGAGGAGAAGAUAGAAGGUCCAGCGAAAAAGAAGAUUCCCGGGGCGGUCUCCAACGAGGAUUUCGUCAACGCCUUGACAGCUGAGCUGCCCUCUCUGGGGAUAACGGAGUUGCCAUCUCGGAACUUCCUUGAGCUCACCGCACGGAUGAUGGAGUCCUGCAGUGCGACCAGCAAUGGGCACCCAGCCUCGGGACGAGGGGCGCGGCUGGUCAGCUCGACCAAUAGUGGAUACGUAUCCCUCUUCCGCUUCAUGGCUACUCUUCAUGUUGACGGCACGGAGGCUGGCCGAGUGAUGGCUCAGAAGAUUAUGGAGCACAGCUGUGCCGCGACCUACUUCCAUCGAAACGCAUUCAAGUGUGCAUGCGCUCGUUUGGACCCGCAAAAUUGUGGGGAGAUAUCAAAGAGGAAUUUCCGUAAGGCUUUUACUGCUCUGAACCAAGCGUUGGAUCCUGAGUGGAGGCUAACGAAAUUGCAAAUCGAUGCGGCUUUGGACCAUUUUGACUGGACAGUUGAUGCUGAUGAAGAGUUCACUGAUGCGUCCUCUUCUGAUCAAGACAUGAAGUCGGUGGAUGAAGAGCCGCCACCGGCUGCAGUGGCGGGACAGGCUAGAAGGCCUACUCUCGGAGCUCUGUCGGCUUCUAAUACUAAUAGCGCUUUGGAGAUGCUCAGAGAACGUUCACGAACCCGUUCCUCGGCUCGACUGAUGCUACCGCCGGGAGUGAGCACAUCAGCUCCUAUGGUGCUUGAUCAACCACAGCCGGAACAGCUCGACCAAAAAAUGUGGAUCAAUUACGAUCAGUUCUUGCGAUCAUUCGAGAUUGCUGAUUGGAGGAAGAACAGCCGUCAGGCACAAGCUCGUCAGGAGCAGACCGGGCAGAAGAUCACUCCAACACCCCAGAUGAGGGCGCUGUUGGAGCAGUUGCAGAGACGACAGGCGCAGAGACAACAGCAGCAACAGCAACAACAACAGCAGCAACAACAACAGCAACAACAACAGCUACAACAGCAGCAAGAGUUGCAACGACAACAGCUGUUGGCAUCGGCGAUGGCACAGCAGAGGGCUGUUCAGCAACAGCAGCAUCAGACGGGCGCCUUCCCUCAGCAGCAACAACAACAGCAGAUUGAUCCGACAUUGUUGGCUCGUCUACAACAGCAGCGAGCUAGGCUGCAGCAGCAACAACAACAGCAGGCUCAGCUCAGGAUGCAGGAACAACAACCGCAACCACAGUGGAAUGCCCAAUCUGAUGAAGGCGGUAGAGAGAAGCUGCAUGUGGGAUGGGAUAUAGAGAAAAUGACGGAGUCGAUAGCAACGACUCAUCAGAAGAUACAGAAUUUGAAAACUGGCAUUACUGCGGUGGUCGGUGGGCUGAGACAGAUAAGACUAGCGGUGUCCCUAGCGCUGCCCCCUUCUGGUGAGAGGCUCCAUCUGUUCGAGUCGAAAGUUUAUGCAGGGGAUCGGUCAAGUAGCGACUUCAGAAGGAUUGAUGCGGAAGUGGCUCGGCGACGGUUGGAGCAGUUGAGGAGGGAAAUCGCCGACUACAAAGCACAAGUCUACGAGCUGACUGAGACUGAGGAGAAUAAGAAACAUCUUCGAGGAGGGCUUAGGAGGAGAACUGUGGUUGAUGAUAAGACGAAGCCAUUGUUCGAGAGGUUGGGAGGUGUUACGGACAUUGAAUCUGCUGUUGACUUAGUGUAUGAUAGAGCGCUGACUGAUACACGUAAGGCGGGGGGCUUCAUUUUGGGAGGGACCUCUGUGUUCCCGACUGAUAUACGAUGCAUCAUCAUCAUCGUUAUAAUGAUGAUGAUGAAGAAGAUGGGGCAGAUUAGAGAGCGCAUGCAGACCUUCGUAUUGAGCUAUACGGGGGGCCCUGCUAACUAUGCAGAGGAGGAUCUUAAACCGGUCCACUACCAUAUGAACAUCCUGGACUUCCAUUUCGAUGCGAUGCUUGAGCACUUCAAUGCGGCCUUGUUGGAGAUGGGUGCUCACCCGGAGGCUAUUGCGGAGUUCAUUCAGCUCCUGGGGAGGAUAAGAAAGCACGGUGAGGAUGUCGAUGGCUCGAAAGGCGGCCGAGCAGCGAAGGGACGAGACGUUCCUCAGCCUGGGGGAAAGUGCGGGGAUAGCGAGGAUCAUGAAUCGAACGUAGAUGACCGGCUUCGGAACUUCUUUAAAGGUAGGGAUAUGGACGCACUAAAAGAACAGCAAACACUGUAUAUGUGUGAGCUUCUGGGAGGCCCUAGGAUGUUCGAGGGCAGCAGAAGUAUGUCGGAGAUCCAUGAGGGUUUGAAGAUCAACGACUACCUCUUUGACUGUUUUAUCAUGGACGCUGACCGGGCACUGCACAGUUUGAAUGUGAGCGAGGAGUUGCAUGAUAUCUUCAUUUCGAUGAUGGAAGAGCAACGGAAAUACGUCGUUCAAGGCCACAACAAGAAGGAUACGCAGAAGCUGGUGGAUGGGAAGACAAUCCUCGAGCGCAUUGGAGGGGAGAUGAACGUCGAGGCUGUUGUCGAGACUAUGUAUUUCGGCGCGGAACGCGAUCCUCGAAUAAAGUUCUUCUUUUUUAUGGACAAAGACAAAUUGGCAACAGUGAAGCGGAAGGUCACUGAGUUCCUCUGUGGAGCCAUCGGGGAUCGAUCGACGAUCGAUAUCAAUAUAGUGCGAGCUGUGCAUUAUCCUAUGAAUAUCGGAGAUCAUCAAUUUGAUGCUCUUGUGGAGAAUCUCUCAACCUCGAUGGAACUAAUGGAGGUUGAGCACGAUGUUAGAGAGGACGUAUUAGGAGUCGUGAACCAUUUGAGGGGAGACAUCACGGCCGGUGCCACCAGUAGGUUGGAGAUUGCUCGUAGGAAGACUGAAUCCGCUGGCACCGAUGGUCUUUACAAGACUUUAGGAGCCGAUAGUGGAAUUGCUCGAUUCGUGGACGAGCUAUACAGUAUAUGCCUUGUUGAUGAGCGUAUCAAGAUGUUCUUCCAAGGCAGUAAACUUGAGGCAGUGAAGGCGGCCCAGACGGUGUACAUGCAGCAGCUGCUCGGGGGAGCUGUCGAGUACACCGGUCGUGAGCUGCGAAGGAUCCAUCAGACCCUCCUCAUUCAAGACUGGCAAUUCGAUGCCUUCCUGGACAACGCCCACAAGGCCCUUGCAGCUCUAGGGUGUGACAGUGAUACGAUAGAUGAAUGCACUGUGCUGAUGGAGACGACUCGACUGGAGGUGGUCUCAGACGUGAACAGACAAUUUGAUGUGAAGCAGAUGAUCAAAGAUGCUCAUAAGAAGCCUCUUUACGAGCGAAUCGGAGGGGAAGUGACUGUUGCGAGGUUGUGCGAAAGUAUGUAUGCUGCUGCCCUGGAGGAUGAUCGUCUGCGAUUCUUCUUUGAGAAGAACAAAGCCAAGGUCCAGUCGAUCAAGAAGAAGAUGACCACAUUCAUUUGUGGUGCCAUCGGAGGCGCGUCGACUUAUGAUGUGGCCGAUCUACGACCAGCACACUAUUCGAUGAACAUCGCCUCUCACCACUUCGACACCAUGCUCUCUAUUAUCAAGGAGAUUUUGACGGUGGAGCUGGAGCUUAACAAGGCGGAUGUGAGAGAGGUCCUCAAGGCUCUGCAACCUGUUAGAGGGGAUAUUAUCAACGGAUUUACCGUCCGAUCGGAGAUAGCGCGAAAAUCCACUGAAGACGGUCUCGACCAAAUGUUCCUCAGGCUAGGUGAGGCUGACGGCAUAGCACGAGUUGUGAAUUCUCUGUUCUCGAUCCUCGGCACUGACGCACGAAUUAAACGGUUUUUCAAAGCAGAGAAGCGAGAGCAGUUGAAGCAAGGAGUUACGGUCUUCUUAGUCGACAGGUUCGGUGGACCUAAGGAUUACGAAGGUCGUGAUCUCGCAGUGGCUCAUGAAGGGCUCGGCAUAUCUGACUAUCAUUUUGAUGCCUUCGUGUCCGACUUCCUAAGAGCUCUGAGCGGCAGUGGUGUGGAAGACACUAUUGUUGAUGAGCUUGUUGUGACUUUGGAGCCUUUGCGCUCAGAGGUGCUCGGUCGUAGAGAUGAAAUUAACGCGGUGGUGGUGAAGAAUGGUCACACGCUGUUCGAAAGGCUUGGGGGAGAUGAACAAUUGGAGACUUUAACUGACGUCU